CCUGAUGGUGUGAAAUUUUUAUGUUUGUCGUGGACAAUAACUUUGAUUAGCUAAAAACUUUUAAAAGACAAGUUGAAUGACGGGGCAAAGUAUUUGUAUUUUUAUACCAACUUAUUGUUUUAUAAAUCAAUGCACAAAUGUGUUCAAAGAUAACAUCAAGAUUAAAAAUAAUAUUUGGAAAGUGAUGGAACAGUUAAAGAACAAUUGUGAUGUCAGUGAUCAAGACUACAAGAAACCAUAAAUUAACGCCACGGACAUUAGUAACAAUUAACUGAUAAUUUUGGAGAAUCGAAUGGUUCAUGAAACGGAAUGAAAUGAUCUACUUCCAUUCCAGAAAAUACAAGACCAUUGAAAGCCAAUGAAAUUAAUUCGAAAAGUGACCCUCUCGUAAUCACGAGCGUACCUUGAUCCGAAUUUAAUUGUCUGUAGAAAGGCACGUUAGUGGGGUACAACAUUGACAAAUUUGAGAAACAAAGCGCGCGGGGAUCGAAUGGGAGGAAUAUAAAAUGUCGAAGCUGAUGAUCCUGAAAAUCACGGUGAUCGAGAUCAAUCUAAGCUCACGGAUGAGGAUCGUCACUCGGAGUCACGUUGUCAUUAACCGUAAAAAGCAGAAAGAAGCUUAUGACCCUGUAGCGCUGACAAAGUAUGGCCAGCCGCAGCUCGUCUAGCUAAAUGCGAAGCGAAAUGCGAAGCGAAAUGCGACGAUAAAAGGUGCCAGUUAAUUUGGCUGAAGUAACCGAGAGUGCUGGCUGUAGUGUUUGGGUGGUGUCGAAAGAGGGUUGAAAAGGGACGAGUAGAAGGGAUUGGAAGGGAUCGCCGAAUAAGGGGUGCCAACGAAGCCAGAAUUAAGAGGAUUGGGAAUGUAUCGCGGGAGCGAGCUGGGUCUCAAUGACUGUGAUUCUACGAGCAUGAAGAAUCCAUCGAAGGUUCCCGUUUUCGAGGUUGCUAUGGCACUUUUCGGUAUGGUUUGGUUGUUGCGCGUUCGCUCGGAGAUGCGUCGUUGCUCGAAGUGUCGUCGCGAGGAGUUUCUAGCCGCUCAGCAGCAACAACAUCAGCAACAACAGCAUCAGCAACAGCCAAUCUCGCAGGCAACGAGCCUCAUGCAGACACCAGAUGACGCCAUCACAUCCUCAGCUAAUACUCUAUUCACCCUUGACACACCAGGAGCUGCUGGACCCGCUGGCAGUUAUUGUGAGGUUCACGGAUACGUUCCCUCGAAAGAAGAUAUUCAAGAGUUUUACGAGCUGACGUUGCUUGACGAAACGAAAUCGGUACAGCAGAAAACGGCAGAGACGAUCCGUAUUGCUGACAAGUGGGAAGCCAGCGAUGGACCGAUCACGCCGACUUUCGCGCAGAAUGACGGUGGUCCAGCUUCCGUCUUCCCGUUGACCCAGACACUGUUGAACCUUUACGACCGCAGGUCGGCCAGCCCUGACGUUCCUGGCCGUCUAGAUCUCACUCAGAAGACGAGGUAUGGUGGCGGAGGUGUUGAAGAACAAUUACCACCACCACCAUCGCCACCCCAAUUAAAAGAAGCUAGCCAGCUGGAUGGUGUUCCAAGACCAAAUUCCGUUGAUCGAAUUCUUCAUCCCGACGGUACACAGCACAUUUUAGCAAGUCACGAAUCACUCAAGAAGAGUCACGACAGCUGGCAGGGUCAUGACAGUGACCAGGCACACACACCACUUCUCGCGGGGGACACGAGACAUGUCAACGGCGACGAUGACUGGGAGUACGAGGAGAUCAUCCUCGAGAGAGGCGGCGCUGGUCUUGGAUUCAGCAUCGCCGGAGGCACGGACAAUCCACACUUUGGCAACGACACUGCCAUCUACAUCACAAAACUUAUACCUGGUGGAGCUGCCUCGGCCGACGGACGCUUGCGCGUUAACGACACGAUACUCCAGGUGAACGACGUCUCCGUCGUCGACGUACCACACGCGGCGGCUGUCGACGCCCUCAAACGUGCCGGAAACACCGUCAAACUGUGCGUUCGUCGACGAAGACACACGCAAUUGAUGGAAAUCGAACUCAUCAAGGGCAACAAAGGUUUAGGCUUCAGCAUCGCUGGGGGAAUAGGCAACCAGCACAUCCCGGGUGAUAAUGGGAUAUACGUCACGAAAAUCAUGGAUGGCGGAGCCGCACAAGUUGAUGGACGCCUCGUUGUUGGCGACAAAUUGGUCGCCGUUAGGAAUACGUUGCAAGGCGACAAGAACCUGGAGAACGUGACGCACGAGGAAGCCGUGGCGACGCUGAAGGCGACACAGGACCGAGUUGUUCUUCUUGUAGCUAAACCGGAAGGUGCCGUACCACCACCACCUCCGGCAUCCGACCUCUCGCUCUCGCCGCAACCACGUAAACAAAAUGGUUCGGUUUCAGCGCUGGAGAACAACUCGUUGGCGUACUCGCAAGAGUCGCGUCACGCGUCCUCUCUCGCCCUCCACGGCGCCACGACGCCGCGCGCCGUUUCCCAAGAAGACGUUUCACGAGAGGUCCGCACGGUCAUCUUGAACAAGGGAUCAUCCGGCUUAGGAUUUAAUAUCGUUGGCGGCGAAGAUGGUGAAGGUAUCUUUAUCUCGUUCAUCUUAGCCGGUGGACCAGCCGAUCUCAGUGGCGAACUUCGUCGUGGCGAUCAGAUCCUCAGUGUCAAUGGCAUCAAUUUACGAACCGCUACCCAUGAGGAGGCGGCAGCCGCCCUCAAGGGUACCGGCCAAACAGUGACCAUCGUGGUCCAGUAUAAACCUGAAGAUUAUAACAGGUUCGAAGCAAAGAUCCAUGAUCUUAAGCAACAGAUUUCUCAGCAGAAUAUGAUGACAAGCACCCUCAUGAGGACCUCACAGAAGAAAUCCCUCUACGUUAGAGCUUUAUUUGACUACGAUCCUAAUAAGGACGAUGGACUUCCGAGUCGCGGUUUGGCUUUUCGCUAUGGCGAAAUUCUUCAUGUAACAAAUGCCAGUGACGACGAAUGGUGGCAAGCCAGGAGAGUCACUCCUCAGGGAGAAGAGGAAGGCUUGGGUAUAAUUCCUUCUCGUAGACGCUGGGAACGAAAGCAACGUGCCAGAGAUCGUUCCGUCAAGUUCCAAGGACACAUGCCCGUUAUAUUGGACAAGCAAUCGACAUUGGACAGGAAGAAGAAGAACUUUUCGUUUAGCAGGAAGUUCCCAUUCAUGAAGAGCAAAGAUGACAAGUCCGAGGAUGGUUCAGACCAAGAACGGUCGCCCACCACACCUGAGAAUGAAAACGAUCCUACGCCAUUCAUGCUGUGCUACACCCAGGACGACACUAACACUGAAGAUUUGUCUUCCGCCACAGGAAGUAAAGAAAUUUUAUAUCGCGUUGAACUGCCCUAUAUGGAGGAACUGACUUUAGUUUAUCUGGAAAAGGACGGUGAUGAGAAUAAUGAGGAGCUUAGCAGCGAAGAAAAUGUUCUUUCCUACGAGGCGGUGCAGCAACUUACCAUUCAGUACACACGGCCUGUCAUCAUUUUGGGUCCUCUUAAGGAUCGCAUUAAUGACGAUCUCAUCUCCGAGUUCCCAGACAAAUUUGGCAGCUGCGUGCCACAUACGACGAGAAGUAAAAGAGAAUACGAAGUAGACGGACGGGAUUAUCACUUUGUCGCGUCGAGGGAGCAAAUGGAAAGAGAUAUUCAAAAUCAUCUCUUUAUCGAGGCUGGACAGUACAAUGACAAUUUGUACGGCACGUCUGUAGCGUCUGUUCGAGAGGUUGCAGAAAAGGGAAAGCACUGUAUUCUUGAUGUGAGCGGAAAUGCUAUCAAGAGGUUACAAGUCGCACAACUCUACCCAAUAGCGAUCUUCAUUAAACCUAAAUCUGUCGAGUCUGUUAUGGAAAUGAACAAGAGAAUGACCGAGGAGCAAGCAAAGAAGACAUACGAACGCGCUCUGAAAAUGGAGCAAGAGUUUGGAGAAUAUUUUACCGCCGUAGUGCAAGGAGACACACCAGAAGAUAUUUAUGUUAAGGUGAAGGAAGUUAUCACCGAACAGUCAGGACCGAACAUUUGGGUACCAUGUAGGGAUCAGCAACUGUGACGUCCUGCCCCCCAUGCUCAUCCCAAUCAUAACGCUUGGACCCUACCUCCCAGGCGUAAAGAUUAAUUAUUAUUAAUAAACCAAUUAAGUAACACUCUAACGCCUUUUCCCCACCUAAGUAGCACAAUGUCCUAGUUAAGGCGCGCGCGAAGCUCUUCGCUUCGAGUAUAGAGUCUUAAAUUUGCCACAAGGAAUUUAAGAAAGAUGAAAAAAAAAUCCUAUGAAAAAACUGUAAUGUUCAGUCUCCCUCUCACAAUCGUUAAGGAUUAUAACGCUGUGUGAAUAUCCUACUCGGGAAUUAUAAUCCAAACAGUGUAUUACAGCGUUACGCAAAUGAGAAGUUUCGCUGGGAUGAGUAAAACAUGCGAGAAUCCCGAGGGGGGUUGUGUUAUUUUCUUUAAUAUGAAACGUAUCAAUAAGAAACAUGACCGAUACUCAUCUUGGUACCGGAGAAAUGUGAUUCGGGUAGAGUUUAUGAGAAAACUUUUCGAGCAGUCGAGUCGCGUAUCUCUUAUCGCUUCUAUUAAUCCAUAACGUUUGACUCUGUGCAUAUCGCAUCGUGCGGUUAUCGCAAUUGAGAUAAAAUAGCUCUCCUCGAUUCUCCAAUUUCUCUAGGUUUUUCUCAUCCUAGUCGAAUCCUGCUUGUUCGUACGUAUCGAAAUAACAGUGGCAUAAGGAAUGAGAACGACUGAGAUAAAAAUUUUACUCGAUUAUCUACUUAUAACUGCUUUUAUCCAUUGACUGUAAGAUGUUACUGAGUUGUCAUGAAUAAAACAUGAAGAAUAAUAUACGAAAACGAAUAAAAGGAUUGAACGCUACUUAAAGGAAAAAAAAAAAAACGUAGAAAACGAGGACAAGGAAAUCACGGAUAAAGAUAACUGUUGUUAUAAUCGAGCCGAAUCAAAUUCGUUAAAGGGAAACCUCAAUUGUCACGACACUGAUUAUUAAUCGAGGGAGCGGCAGUAUGAUAAAUGAUUAUAACGGAAAUCAAUUUCGAACACUUUUUGAUAAAGAUUUCUGGCUUCACUGACUCCUUAUAGCUUGUCGUUUACAUUUGAGUGAAGUAGCAGCGAUAUUUUUUAAUGUACUUAAUCGCAUAGUGCGAAUGACUUUAUCAGAGUCUCCUGUGACGAUAGCGGAAGUUUAUCGCGAGAAUGUAUGUAUCUGACCAGUACAUGAGUUACUAACGUUACACUGUAAUAUGCGCGAUGAGGUCAUACGAUUGUGUCUCGAUGAAUCGAAGGGAACGAAUGACGGAUGUAAAGGGAGAACCAAAAAAGAAAAUGGAAAUAAGAGGAAAACACAGAGAGAUAAUAAAAUACUAAUUCGCCGCACGAAGGUAUGUCGUGAGGACUCGUGUACGCACUGUAUGCAGUGUUCAAUCGUCACGAUUAAUUGUAAUUCGGACGUGUAACCUCACGAUCUAUCAAACCUCACAGGACAAAUCUCUAGAGCUAGAAUAGCGAUAUAUAAUGUUUUGUACAGCUAGAGGACUAAGCCAGUAAUGGGUUACGUGCAACAUUAUAUAGAGACACUAUUGUAAUUUAAAUACCACUACUAAAUUAUUAUAACAGUAGGUAUAUUACUGUAAAUACCUAUAUCUGUAUCGAGACGACAUUGAAAGACGCAGAAAGUAAAAUUUGAAUGUAGGCCUCGGCUAAAAUAUUGCAAGUCCGUUCGCGAUCCGCGCGACUCGCUGCCAAUAAUUAAUAUUAAUGAAUAAUCUUCCGCGAUGUACGUACAAAUGACAUAUGACGACGUAGUGUAUGACUCUGUUAGUGCAUUUGUAAGAAUUUUCAUGAAACGAUUGUCUAACUCAUAAUGGACGUAGACACUUUUUUUAUGUUGAUUUUUAUGAACGACCGUGUCAGACAGCGGAGGGGAAUUGAAUGUCGGAUAAACGUGAAUCGUUGUUAGUAAAGCGCGAGUUUGCGCUGUUCACAACGGACUGUACUUACCUUACAUGGAGGUGUCGAUAAUUAAAGGUAAAGAUACAAUAGAUUUUUAGAGAGAAGAGUUAAAUACAACUAUUAUUAUAACAAUUGUUUGUCAAUUUAAUUGUAAUAUAACUACAUAAUGGUAACAGAUAGAAUUAUAAUUUAUACCGAAGGUCUGCGCAGUAGUUUCGGCCAAUCUAACGUUUUCCAAAUUAAUGAAGCUAAUGGAUAAUAGAAAUAAACACAAUAUGUCAUGAACGGUAAACACAGUUGCCUUUGCUAUGCGAAUUAUAAACGUCUUCAGUUAUUAUCUAACGCGUAGUGAGAUUUUUCUGUUGGAGCGAAAAGGAGCUUUGCGCAGGCAUAAACCGUCGAGUUUACAGCAUGCGAUGGAUCCUGAGUUACAGCUGCCCUAUUAGAAUGAGCGAAGUCGGUUAUGAAUUCGUGUGAAGUUGCAUGGGAACGCGAUGCAUACGAGUAAAGACUAAUGCGAUGCAAUAAUUAUACGCUGUGUGUCGUGUUCCUAGUGUAAAAGUUAAACUGAGGCCCAGAAUUCACCAAGUAAAAAGAUCUGUCUCGAUAUAACAGAGAUGAACGUAUAAAGAGAAUAACUAUUACAAAACACCUAUUAUGCAUCUCUAUAGUCUAUUUAAUAAUAUUACUUAUUGAAUUAUCAAUCUCAUGUUCACCUUGUUUCAUCGUUUUUAAAUAGUUAAUAAACGUUUUACCAAUUU